AUGGAUUUUUUUGGGCAGCACAGACCAGAAGAUAACCAGUCAGUUGUCAGUAGAAUGCAGAAGAAAUACUGGAAAACCAAACAGGUCUUCAUCAAAGCAACCGGAAAGAAGGAGGAUGAGCAUGUGGUGGCAUCUGAUGCUGAACUGGAUGCUAAACUGGAGGUUUUUCACUCCAUUCAAGAGACAUGUACUGAACUUCUGAAGAUAGUUGAGAAAUAUCAGCUAAGACUCAAUGUUAUAUCGGAGGAAGAAAACGAACUAGGGCUCUUUUUAAAGUUCCAAGCAGAACGGGAUACAACGCAGGCUGGCAAAAUGAUGGAUGCCACUGGCAAGGCACUCUGUUCUUCAGCCAAGCAAAGAUUGGCCCUGUAUACUCCCCUGUCUCGACUUCAGCAAGAAGUAGCAACAUUCAGUCAAAGGGCGGUAUCUGAUACCUGGACGACAAUUAAUCGGAUGGAGCGGGCUCGCACAGAAUACAGAGGAGCCCUGCUGUGGAUGAAAGACGUAUCUCAAGAACUGGACCCAGACACCUUGAAACAAGUGGAAAAGUUCCGAAAAGUACAGAUCCAAGUGAGAAAUAGCAAAACUUCUUUUGACAAGCUAAAGAUGGAUGUUUGUCAGAAAGUGGAUUUACUUGGAGCUAGUCGCUGCAAUAUGCUGUCUCAUUCACUCGCUACCUACCAGAGAACACUGCUUGGAUUCUGGGAGAAAACAGCUCGAACGAUGUCCCAGAUUCAUGGGACCGGUAUGGGCCUUCAUCCAUACGACUUUGUAGCUCUCAAGCAACUACAAGACAUUCCAAUGAAGCUUACUGAAGACCACAAGGAAGAACGAAUAGAAGACGGUUCUCUCUCUGAAAACCUCAGUAGGUUAGUUUUGUCAGAUGAGGAAGUAAACUUGGGAAGUGAACCAGCAACUGAAGAUCAUAAGGAAAAACAUUCUCGAAUAAAAGAAUUUGUAGCACCUCAGUUUUCUGACUCUGAAAAUGUUGCAAAAGAUUUGCCAGUAGAUUCAUUGGAAGAUGAUUUUGAGAAGGAAUUCUCGUUUCUGAAUAGCCUCCUAAGUCCUGGUUGUUGGAGUGCUGGUGAAUCUUCCCAGGAAUGCCAGGCUGUCUUUGGAAGCCCCAAAGCUGGUCUCACAUGCCAGGAGCCUUCUGGGGGCUCUGAGCCUCUUGCUCACUCCGCAGGAUUCCUCCCUUCACAGCUCUUUGACCUUGGCCUUCAUGCUGCUGGAGCUUUCAACAGCUGGGCCUCCCAUGGUGGAUUAGAAUUUCCUCUUUCACACAUUGAUAACCAGCCAGUGCCUUCACAGAGUCCAAAGAAAUUAACAAAAUCUCCCAACACUGGUAACCAAGACAUGUCAGCCUGGUUCAGUCUAUUUGCAGACUUGGAUCCACUUUCAAACCCAGAUGCUAUUGGACACUCAGAUGAUGAACUUCUUAAUGCUUGA